UUCCGCGAUCCAGAAGGUCCAGAUGGUAGUGGCUACCUGCCAGUGGAACCAGCUGUGGUCGACGAGCGGUCAGCUAUAUUACAGGCGAGAUAUCAAGAAUUGCUCGAUCUGGCUGCUCAGCGUAAACGACGCCUGGAGAAUAACCGCAAACUCUGCCAGUUCUGGUGGGAUGUGGCUGAUCUCGAGAACAGCAUCAAGGAUCAAGAGCGAGUGCUCAGCUCCACAGAUACUGGCAAAGAUAUUGUGACAGUAUCACAUCUCCUAGCGAAACAUAAGAACGCUGAGAAUAAUCUUGGUGAAAUUGAACGCCAAUUAGAACAACUUUCCAAAGAUGGUGAUCAAUUGUUGGCAGAGAAUAUUCCUGGAUCGGAUAACAUCCCACCACGUAUCCAGGAUAUUCGCGAUUAUUUGAAGAAGCUUCGUGAUCUCGCUAAUGCGAGGCGCCAGAGGCUCGCUGGCGGUCUUGACUACUAUCAGUUCUUCACUCAUGCUGAUGAUGUCGAUGCGUAUCUUCUUGAUACUCUUCGACUCAUUUCAAGUGAUGACGUCGGUAAAGACGAAGGUACCGUGAAGCUGCUUCUGAGAAAGCAUGACGACGCUCGUGAACAUCCAGACAUCAAGGAGCGACUUACUACGACGGUUAGGCGCAAGGCGGAACUUGAAGAUCUUGCGCAGCUCAGAAAGCAGCGCCUUAUCGAUGCUCUUUCACUGUACAAGCUAUACGCCGAUGCCGAUUCCGUGGAAGCAUGGAUUGAUGAGAAGGCCAAACUAUUGGCUACUCUUGUUCCCGGCAAAGAUCUUGAAGAGGUCGAGAUAAUGAAACAUCGUUUCGAUACGCUUGACCAGGACAUGAAGAACCAGGAAGCUAAGGCAUGUUUCCAAAAUUACCCGUUCAAACUUCUCGCUACUGUUGAAAAAGUGUUCUGA